AUGCCGUCUAUGCAAGUGCAAGAAGCUGCGGCCGUGGAUCACGCGGUGAGCAGCAUGAUGAGCCUGCUCGGGGCCAUGUCGUCGGAGAAGAAGGGCUCGGCUGCGGUGGCGGCGGAGAAGAGGGUGGAGUGGCUCCGGUCGCAGCUCAUCGGGAAGGACGUGGAGUUCGACACGCCGUUCGGCCGCCGCGUCCUCACCUACGCCGACCAGACGGCGUCCGGCCGGAGCCUCCGCUACAUCGAGGAGUACCUCGUCAAGGAGGUCCUCCCGUUCUACGGGAACACGCACACGGAGGACAGCCACGUCGGUAGCAAGACGACGAGGCUGGUGCACAAGGCGGCGAGGUACGUGAAGCGCUGCAUGGGCGCCGGCGCCGGCGACGCGCUGCUGUUCUGCGGGUCCGGCACGACGGCGGCGAUCAAGCGGCUGCAGGAGGCGAUGGGCGUGUCCGUGCCGUCGGCGUCGCUGCGGGGGCGGCUGGCGCCGCAGCUCCGGCAGGAGGAGCGGUGGGUGGUGUUCGUCGGGCCGUACGAGCACCACUCCAACCUGCUGUCGUGGCGGCAGAGCCUCGCCGAGGUCGUCGAGAUCGGCGUCGACGACGAGGGCCUCCUCGACGUCGCCGCGCUCCGCCGCGCGCUCGCCUCACCCGAGUACGCCGACCGCCCCAUGCUGGGCUCCUUCUCGGCGUGCAGCAACGUCACCGGCGUCGUCACCGACACCCGCGAGCUCGCCCGCGUCCUCCACCAGCACGGCGCCUUCGCCUGCUUCGACUUCGCCGCGAGUGGCCCUUACGUGAAGAUUGACAUGAAGUCCGGAGAAGUUGAUGGCUAUGAUGCAGUUUUCUUGAGUCCCCAUAAAUUUGUUGGUGGCCCAGGGACACCAGGGAUCCUUCUGAUGAACAAAUCAUUGUACCGACUCAAUUCGCAACCACCCUCAACAUGUGGAGGUGGAACUGUGGCCUACGUUAAUGGCUUCAAUGAAGAGGAUACCCUAUACUAUGAUGACAUCGAGGAAAGAGAAGAUGCUGGCACGCCACCGAUAGUGCAAAAGAUCCGUGCGUCCCUAGCAUUCUGGGUCAAGGAAUACAUUGGAUAUGAUACAAUGGAACUACAUGAGCGAGUGUACUCUGAAAUGGCGAUGAAAAGGCUCGUCGGUAAUCCGAAUGUAAGGGUGCUAGGAAACACAAGUGUUGAUCGUCUUCCAAUCUUCUCCUUCCUCAUCUACCCUCCGGUAGAAGAUUCACUUUUCCUUAGGGUUGAGCCUGGUAGCUAUAGUUCAUUGGGAAACAAGACAUACAAGAGGCUACCGCUCCAUGGGAGAUUUGUGACGAAGCUUCUUAAUGAUCUUUUCGGCAUCCAAGCAAGGGGAGGGUGUGCUUGCGCAGGUCCUUAUGGACACAUUUUGCUUGAUGUUGACAAUGAACUCUCUCUUCGCAUCCGUUCUGCUAUUCUUGAGGGUUACAGUGGACUGAAGCCAGGAUGGACCAGGUUGAGUUUUGCUUACUACCUCUCAAAGGAGGAGUUUAAAUUCAUCCUCUCUGCCAUUGAGUUCAUAGCAGCAUAUGGUCACCGAUUUCUCCCGCUCUACAAAUUUGACUGGAUCACCGGCAACUGGACAUUCCGUGAGCAGGCAAUCAAAUACCAUGUUUUGAAGGAGGAACUUGCGACAAGUGUGAAAUUUGCAGAAAAUAUCAAGUCAGAGGUUGCAAAUAAGCUGGACAAGAAGCCUGAGCCCAAUCAUAUGAAAUUUGAAACCUAUUUGGAGGUUGCGAAAAAAAUCGCGCUAUCGCUGCCAAACAUCAGCCAACAGAUUGUCAGCAUCCCAAAAGGAGUAGACCCUGACAUGGUCCUUUUUCAUAUAUAGUGAAUUUCAGAAAUCGUGAUUAGGCUACAGCUUUGUAGAAAAUUGCAUUCAUUGUAUGGUAAUAUAUGUGAAUAGUGGUAGCCGACUACACAGUUAGGAGAAAUGUGAUGUAAAUUUUCGAAGAACUAAAUAAAUGUGCCGAAAAAUGGUACCAAGUUAUAUCAAUUGUACUU